GUGGCUGACGAAAAGGACUUGUUCGAGAAAAUCUUCGCCACGUACGCGCAAAGCGAGGCCUCCAGCACGGCGGCCGACAUCGUGCAGAGACGGGUGCUUGCCAACCUCCAGGACUCGGUCCGGGCGCCGGCGGCUGCGGCGGACCACGUGCCCGUGGCGCUGGCCACCGAGCGGCUCUCGGGCAGGGAGCAGGGCGUGGCGGAGCGCAAGACCGUGGAGGCGCUUGCGCCCACGCUCGAGUACAUCGACCAGAUGACGACGCGCGAGGCCGUGGUGGGCUUCACGCGGCGCGUGUUGGAGGGCUGCGUGGCGGGCGUGGCGCAGCGCCGCGACUUCCACCUCCACAAGGCCAAGGGCGAGACGUCCAAGGCGUUCCUCACGCGGCACGCGAGGUUGAGCCGGCAGGUGCGGGCGCAGAGCGAGGCGUCGCCGGGCGCGCCGGUGCUCAACGCGUUCACGGUGCCCGUGCUCUUCAACCACGUGCUCCGGGCGGUGGCGGCGCGGUUGCACGACGGCGCGUUGGCGCUCAGCUUGUUCAACCGGGUCAAGACGGACUUGCGCUUGUACUCCGUGGUGUGCAACCAGGCCACGUACAACGAGAUGCUCAAGGUGCACUGGGUGUUCUUCGGCAAGCGCUCGUUGUGCGAGAUCGAGCUUCUUGUGGUGGAGAUGCAGAACAACGGCUUUGCGGGCGACGGGCAGACGUUUGUCGUGUUGCUGAAGAUCUUGGCCGCGUACCACGCCAUGAAGGCGGGCCGCUCCAGCUUCAGCCCGGGCGGCUUGCCGGUCUGGGCCCACGAGGACGACAAGCGCGUGCGCAACCUUGCGGCAAAGCUCCAGGUGUUGGGCAAGCUGUUGGAGAGAGAGCGGUUGUUGGCCACGGCCGACCGCAGCGCCCGCUGCAGCAGGCACGCCCUGGGGCCCGCCUGA